UAUAAACGUCUGCAAUCUUGAUCAUCGCACCUAGGAAGGAACAUACAGGCGAUUUCCGCCGCCGCGAUGUAAGCCUAGCCGCCAUCUGCCACUUCAUUGUUCCUUGAGAUCAGACCGCCAUGAAGCUCAACCGGGUUCGCCGCCACCGCCGUGAUCUGUUGAAAGUCGACAGGCUAAUCAAACUGCCCGACGAUGUGCUGCUCAACAUCCUGGAGAGGCUCGGCACGCUCGACGCCGUCAGGACCUGCGUCGUCUCCAGGCAAACGCUCAACCUGCCGGCCUUGCUCUCGCAGAUCGUCAUCGAUCUCGGCGACCUUGAUCUACACCGCAAGAACCGCGGCGUGGCCGACAUGACCGACAAGAUCCUCAGCACGAGGUCUCCACAGAUCCCCAUCCGCAACCUCAAGCUCAGGUUCAUCAUGAGAGGCGACGACCAUCUCAAGAUCGGCAGGGCCGUCGCCCUCGCCAUGGCCACGCAGAAGAUCGACGCGGCCGAGUUCGAUAUCCUGACCAAGGACAUCUAUUAUAGGCGCUCCGAUGCCGAUCUUCUCGACUCCGCGAAGCUGUUCAACAACUUUAUCGGCGAGUGCGCCGACGCGUUUGCCGGUCUCACGCGGCUGCAUCUGCAGAACCUGAGGUUCGGUGAAUCGGACAUACCCAACAUCCUAGCCACCUGCAAGCGGCUGGAGUCGUUGUGUUUGCUCCAUUGUGACGCGCGGAAACUUCCGGUGCUGCACGUAGAGCAUGCCAGACUCGUUGAGCUUAUCUUCGCCUAUGCAAAGUUCUCAACAGUGGAGCUCGGCUGCCUGCCGGAGCUUCGACGGAUGACCUUGCAUAGAUGGAUAUUUGAUAACCUAGACAAUCCCUUGAUUUUGGGCUAUGCCCCUCAGCUCUCCAAGCUAACUCUGGCGCAUGCGUUCAUUAUAAACAGGACCCUCAAGCUGAGCCAGCUGCUUGUUAAUGUCCCUUCAAUAAGUGACCUGCACCUCGAUUUUCAAAGUGAAAAGGUUUGGGUUCUACCAGAAUGCCCUAAAGUGCUUGCACCUGUGCUCGGCAAACUACGGCGCGUGAAUCUUAACAAUCUUCCUGAGGAAUGUGACAUCGCUUGGACAAUGUUCCUUCUUGAAGCUGCGCCAUCCUUAGAGGAGCUUUGCAUCACAGUAUGGGAUCAUAAAUGCCAAUUGGAGUCGCAAAAAAGUUACUCCCAGAAAACCGAUGUGAACUGGGAGCCAUCUAAUCCCGGUUUCAAGGACAAUAAUCUUUCCAGACUAACUAUCUAUGGCUUCCAACCCAACGACAACUUCAUGGGAUACGUCAGGCGCGUCACUGAAGCUGCGGAGAACAUCAAGGAGGUAUCUCUAUACGACAGGAAGGUGUGCAAGCACUGCGUUGACAAGUUCCCUCAUCUCGGGGUUCGUCCUUGGAGUUGUCCACAGACCAGCGAGGAGGUGGAUUCAUUCAGACUGGAGAUCGCAGAGGUGAUCAAGGGGAGGGCGAUGGCGGUGGCUUCCACUCAUAAGGUCGGCCAUGAUUUAAAGAAAGCAUCUGACAACGAACACAUACCAAGCAAGCUGCCCAAUGGCAACAUUGUCGAGAGGGUGGGUACGCUUGAUCGUGUAAGAACCUGCAUCCUCUCGAGGCAAAUGCAUAAACUGCCUCGGCUCGCUGAUUCUCCACGAUAUUAUCCCCCACUAUUUCUUUCGAAUCAAUUGCGUCAUGGCCGACGUGAUAGACAAGGUCUUGAGCACGUGAUUUCCGCAGAUUACCAUUCGCAAGCUAGAGCUCAAGUUUUCUUGGGUCCCUCUCGUUGUCACUCCAUUGUUAUAUCAGCCGGCCUCGCCAUGGUGACCCAGAAACUAGAUGCAACCGAGUUUGAGAUCUUGAUGCCAAGGGAUACCUAUCAUUGCACCGAGGUGUAUCCCCUGGUCUUUGUUAAGCAGUUCGAUAAUUUUCUUCGUCAUUGUGCAAAUGCUUUUGAUGGCCUCAGAAGACCGCAACUGCAAAAUCUGAGGUUUGGUGAACUGGACAUACAGAACAUUCUAAGCACCUGCAAGCGGCUCGAGUCAUUGUGUUUCUUUGAGUGCGACGUGGGGAUCCAUUCAACAUUGCAUGUAGAACACACUCGACUCCUUGAGCUUGUUAUCUCCUAUGGGGAAUUCAAAACAAUGGAGCUUCACCAUCUACCAAAGCUCCAACAGAUGACCUACAAUGUUCCCUCCAUAAGCGAUUUGUACCAGGAAUAUUGGAGUGAAAAGAUUUGGGUUCAACGGGAAUGCCCGAAAGUGCUUACUCGUGUGCUUGCCAAACUACGGUUUAUGAAUUUGGAUAAUCUUCCUGAAGAAUGUGAUAUUGCUUGUACAAUGUUCCUUCUUGAGGCUGCAACAUCUCUAGAAGAGCUUUGCAUUACGGUAUGCGAUCAUAAGUGCCAAAGGAAGUCGCAAAAAUAAUACACCAAUAAAAUGGAUGUGAAGUGGGAGCCAUCUACUCUUGAUUUCAAGCAUAAGAAUCUGGCCAGACUAACUAUCUACGGCUUCCAGCCCAACGACAACUUCAUGGGAUACGUCAAGCUUGUCAUUCAAGUUGUGGUGAACCGUGAACAUCAAGGAGGCAUUUCUGCAUGACAAGAAGGUGUGCAAUGUCUGCGGUGAAAGUUUCCUCAUCUCAAGGUUCCUCCUCCGAGUUACCGUCUAUGGACAAGCGAGGAGGUGGAUUAGUUGAGGAAGAAGAUCAUAGAGGCGAAGGAGAAAGUGGACUCAUGUCAUAGAGGUGAUCAACGCGAAGGCGAGGGUGAUGGCGAUGGCCACCGCUCAUAAUGUCAAGGUCCAUAUAAAUCAAUAACCAUUCAUGGCAUCUCUGUGGUUUAGUUGUUCCCGGACUCCAGAGCUUAUACUAGUAGCUAUUGCGCAUGUUGUUUUCCUCUUAACUGUUUCUUACUUGACCACAUCGUAUGAAA